AUGUUUGUGAGAUCUUUGGUUCGUUCUGCUCGUUUGACCUCAUCCGGUGCCCGGUUGGCUUCACGCCAAUACAGCUCCUUUACGACGACUGGAGCACGCUCGUCCAAGCUUUUCCUAGUUGCUCCAGUGGCCACUGUUGGAGCUCUCUCGGCCUAUUACUUGGCCACGCCGGUGUAUGCCGAUUCCGAGGCAAAAGAAGAACCUGUCGUUGAGCAGCAAGCUGAAAGUGCUGACCCCCCUGCCCAAGGUGCCUACAACCCCGAGACUGGUGAGAUCAACUGGGACUGUCCAUGCCUUGGUGGAAUGGCCGACGGUCCAUGUGGAGAGGAGUUCAAGGCAGCGUUCUCAUGCUUCGUCUACUCUGAGGCUGACCCAAAGGGUUAUGACUGCAUCGACAAAUUCAAAGGAAUGCAGGAGUGUUUCAGAAAGCACCCAGAAGUGUACAGUGAAGAGUUGAGAGACGAUGAUGACUUCUCGCUUGAGCCCAGCUCAGAGGAGCCUGCACCAGCAUCUGGGGAGGUAGUCGAAGUUAUUACGGAGACUGUCGACGUGAUCUCCGAAUCUGCUCCUGCUGCCACUGAAAUCGUUUCCGAGACCGUUUCCGAGACCGUGUCUGAGGUUGUCCCAGCCGUCUCAGACUCGAUCACUGAGAUCACCGAGACUAUUGUGGAGAAAGUCAACGACAAAUAG